AACUCUGAGUUGUAUGAUGACAAGGGCUAAAAGGAGGAGGGUUUGUUCUUGUCCCCACUGGCCUUGCGCGUUGUACACUUUGCCUGCGCUGCUGCCAUCCUCGACGCUAGCCACGCCCCGGAGAUUCGGGGUCAGAUAACUGCCAUAAGAGGCAAGGCUGGGACUGUGGCGGAUCGACGAUCACGAUCGCAGGUUCGGUUCCGGACGGCGGCGACAGAAAAAGUUUGAGGAGAGCAAGCGAAAGAGACCACACGAGCCCCUGGCCAUCGUAGCCAAGCGGUUUGCCAGGCUCAGCCCUAGCACUGCUGUCUUAGGGGGCCCCGCCACUGACUGCCCACUCGAUCCUCUGCGGAAGCCUCGGCGCGGCCUCCGCACUUAAUUUUUUAGGUUGGCACACUCGAAAUUCAUUUCGGUAUGUCAAUUUCUCUCUAAUGCUUACUUCAUCCCUCUAACAUAUCUUUUCUCUCCUCCUCCUUCUCCUCUCCUCUCCUUCCCUCCCCUCCCGCGCUGCUCUUUCUUUGUUCCGACCAUCAUGACCUACUCUGAUAAUUAUUCCAAUGCUCGCUAUCCACACUUUCAAGAUCAACAACACCAAUACCCAAAGCAAUCUCAAUCCUAUAGUCAUCACCCUAAUUACCACCACCACAUCCAGCAGCCCGUCCCGGUCAAGGUUGAAGUAAACGAAUCCAGGAACCUCCAUUCUGCGUCUUCGUACCAUCAACAGUCGCUUGCUCAGUUCUGUCAUAAACCUGUGCUGCCGGCUUUUCGCUUCGGAGAAUCUGGUUCAACUUCUGUCUCGAGCCCGUCUCCUACCACGCCUACCAGUUCGUUCUCUUUCAUGUCUCAGCAUCCCUGGCCAUCCAUUCCCUCCUCUGCUUCUUCCUCUUCGUCUUCUGCCUUUCAACAACAACAAUAUGCCACUGACCGGUUACACGGCUACCCUUUACCGGGCUCGCUUAAUGGACACUCUCAAAGCCAUCCCCAAGCUAUGACUCUGAACGAAGAGUACGACGAUGGGGAAGACGAUGGUCUGGCUGAACUACCAUCGGCAGGUUUGGGCAUGGGUAUGGGUGGAUACAAUAGUGCAGGCUAUGGGGGAUCAGACGUGCAGGAGUCCUCAAAGGUUGGGGAAAAGACGAUCCGCAGACGAAGCAGCAAGGCUUGCGACCAAUGCCGCAAGUCCAAGUGCAAAUGCGAACGCAGCAGCCCCAACGAUCCGUGCAGAAACUGUGUCAUGUUGGGUACUCCUUGCACCUUCCUAGGCCCUUCGCGGAAGCGCGGCCCGCCGAAAGGAUAUAUAGACGCUAUCGAAGCAAGGCUGCAUCAAACAGAGGCGCUCAUUGGAAUCCUACUUUCCUCCAAGGAUAGCCGCGCGAAGACUCUCCUGGAAGAUCUCAGCGAGGAUUCUCUCGCCAGAGAAAUAAUCAAUCGUGUCAAUAACACACCAUAUGGUCAUAAAGGACGGAACAAGUCCUCGGAGGCCGCUGCUUCCAGUAGGUCGCGUCCCUCAACAAAUGAUGCGAAAGAAGGGGAAAACUCAAACUUGCAAGCAACUCAUCCUUCUAAUGAAUGGCAAGAGUCCGUCAUCGCGAGACUGGAUACUGCUGCUGCGCAGCGUAACACACUUAUACCUGAUGAGGAUGAUGUCUUCGGCGAGUUCGAGGUCCCUCCGACGACCGGUGAUCGGUCAGCUCCCAUGGACGAGGACGCUAGCACGAGCGACGCUCCGGCAACCGCUACAGCCGCCGCCGCCGCCGCAAACACAAGCCCCAGUGUUAUGGCUACGGUGAAGCCAGCCCUGAGCGUAUUGCCUCCAACUACUAGUCCCGUUCCAGGACCGGCCUCGUCCACUCUGCUCACCCCGCUUUCUGCGACAGCUGAGCGUUCCGAUCGUAUAGGAGGUGAACAAUCUUCUACACGCAGACAGCGUCGGCGUGUGGAAGUGGAUACCAUGGACGAAACCACUACACGUUCGCCUUCAGCCACUUCUCUAUCCGCUCGAUCUCGGUCUCCUGUGCGCUAUGCCUUGCCGCCUCCUCAUCCGGCGCUACUCAAAUCUAAAGAGUCCGCGACAUCUUUACGCACAGCGCGCACGAGUUUGUCACCGGAUCUGCAAGAUGCCGAAGGAGAUGAGGAAAGUUUUGCUGGUGUUGAUGAGGAGGAACAUGAGGGUGAGGAUGAUAUAGCACUUGCGGUGGGUCAGUUAAGCAUCAAUGAGGACGAGCAGGUGAGGUACCAUGGGAAGGCGAGCGGGUUGCAUUUGCUGGGUAUCAAUGAAAGGUCGGACGGAAGGAAUAAGGGCCAUAUUUGGCGCUUCCCCAAGGCUCGUGUAUGGCCACCUUUGCCAUCGACCGCACGCAGUCCGACGAAGACCGAGGAGGAUUGGAUCAGUCGCUUGCCUGAUUUACCAGAACAGGAACAUUUGCUCAAGCUCUACUUCAUCUACGUACACCCCGCUCUACCUAUAAUUCACAAGAAGUCGUUUAUGGAAAAUUAUCGUAAUGUCAACCUCCGCGAAGGCAACUCGCCCUCCGUAAUGGCAGACUCUCCAACGGUUGCCACUAAUUCUAAGGCCGAUUCCGAAAAGCAUCACAAGCGUAUACCCACCAUGCUCUUACUGGCCAUGUUCUCCAUAGCCGCACGAUACUCGUCCACCACCAGUGCUGACAUCCCUCCGCCCGAAGAAGGUUCCAUGUGGGCCGCAGGCGAUUCCUACCUAGAAGACGCCAAAGCGAACCUCGAUAGCUCUUACGCUGCUUCACGUCCGAGUACCUGUCAGGCAUUGCUCCUGAUGGGUUAUCGGGAAGUGGGUAUUGGCGCCAUGGCUCAGGCGUGGUUGUAUAUUGGUAUGGCGGUACGUAUGGCUCAGGAUUUGGGCAUGCAUAAGAAUGCGGAUAAGUGGGUGAACAUUGGGAAGAAUUUGUUCACCCCUGAAGAGCUCCAGGAAAGGAGACGGAUUUGGUAUGGUUGCGUUAUGAUGGACAAAUACGUUUCGACAUAUAUUGGUCGUCCGGUUGCAAUUUUUGAGAACGACUUUGAUACUGAGUUGCCUAGCGUUGACGAGGAUGAUGAACUUGAGAUUUGGGCACCAGACCCAUCUCCGCCGCUGGUGGACGAUGAUCUCGAGCCGCCUCCGCACCAAGCACCUCCUGUUACUGGGCACGUUGUCUCUUGCUUCAACGAAGCUGCCAAGCUGUCCAUCCUUUUGAGCAUGAUUGUUCAAGCCAUCUACCCUAUUCGCCCACACAUCUUCCGUCUCACGGAGUACUCGCGUCUCGAGAAGUAUCUGGACAAAUGGUUCUUGGAAUUGCCUGAACAUCUGAGAUACGAUCCCGCGUCGCAAAAACCGACCACUUUGCCGCCACAUGCGUUGACUCUUCACAUGCAGUAUUGGUGUACUGUUAUCCUGUUGCAUAGGCCAUUCAUCAGCACAGAUCCGUCACAAACAAAAUCGUUGACUUCUCCAAGACAUUUGGAAGCUGUGAAGAUGCAUACUCACAAAAACUACGAUCUUUGCGUUCAGGCCGCUAACCAUAUCACUUCCAUCGUGUCGGUAUAUGUUGAGCGGCACUGCGUCCGUCGGGCUCCAGUGUUCCUGUGUUUCUACGUGUUUACCGCGGCGAUCAUGCACAUUGCGACACUGAAAACAUAUCCAAAUGACCCACAGGCAGGCAUCGGUCUCCACAAAUGCAUGGACGUCCUUCACCGGAUGCAGAAUGUCUGGCCAAGCGCGUGGCGCGCUUAUCAACUUCUUAGUGGCGCAAAGGUGCCGUUAGUCGCCAGGGACUCAAUGUCUCCCUCUUCCUCCGAGAGACAGAAGCGCCCUGCUGAACACGCACUUGAGCUUGACUACCCUGAAGAGCAACGUGUGACCGACCAGUCCCCUCAACCCUCCGUGGUCGAUGAUCGCCGGGUAAGCAUCGAUUCGCUUCGACCUCAGUCGAGCGGGAGCGAGCACUUGUACCGUGCGCGGCCUUCUCAACAACAGCAAACGCAGCCACAAAUUCAACCGUCACCACAACCCCAAACUCAGCACCAACCUCAACCACGGCUUCCUCAGCCCCAAGCCCCGCAUCCGCAAACGCACCACCAGCACCAGUCUCAGCAUGGACAAGGAUAUCCUUCACGUGCGAGUAGCAGUCAUGCUCAAUCCAACUUCGCGCUUGGGUUGGACUUGCCUACCGCCGCUUCGCCAACAUUCUUCCAGCCGUUCAACGACCGCUGGGCUUCCGAAAGUCCCUUGAGCAACUAUCCUAGUACCUUGACGACGUCUGUUCUACCUCAGCAGUACAGCACAGGUUUGAUUGAUGAACGCGUUCAACGUGGCCAUGAGAGGCAACCUCAGCGAUUCCCUCAGUAUUGGAGCGAUUACUCCUCGUUGGGGCAGAUGGAGGCACCGUACGGUGUUCCAAUGGUUGGUCCAGACAUGGUCCCACCUGCACACCAAGCGACUCGUUCCUCUCAGCAUACCCAACAGCCCCCGUAUCCCCAGGACCAGUACUCUGUUUUCAACAAUCUUUCACAAGGAGGUCAAUGACGAAUAAUUGUCUUUUUAUGCAUUGAUUUGCAUUCUUUCAUAUUCUAUCCCCGUCUUUCUGCUAAUUCUAAUAGAAUCAUCUCUUGUUUCUGGACUUUCGCUUCACUAAUCCUUCUUUGCUACCCCAAAUAAUACUGUAUUAGCUCUCGUCGCGAAAUUGUUGUAUCCCAUAGCUCUCCAUCAUCAGCUUGCUUGUUCAGCUCUUACACAUACGCAGAAUAGCACAAACUAUUGCAAUAUCAAAUACAGUUCGGAAUCUCUUCAAUAGACCUGUCCGAUGUAUGGCAUCUACGUAAGACCUUCCCAAGCAACAAUUCGUAUUUCAAACCUGCCGUCCUGCACUCUUGCGUCUCCUUCGUCCAGACCGACCGCUUUUAUGCUGUCCAUAUUCUCAUUCGACAAGCCAUCCAAAUAUACCUGACCACAACUA